AACAUUUCAUUAUUUUAUUUUAUUGGAUGGACGCCAUUUCUGAUACGACAGCUGUGUUUGCGGGACUAAAAUAGUUCCAUUAUUUUCACUGUUCAUUUGGAUAGUUUUUGUUUUAACGUAGCAUUUAUUUUCUCCCUAGUUGAGAAAAUAUUUUGGCUAUGUCGGAACAGGUGGAAAUUAAGCCUGAUGCUUUGCCAGAUUUAGAUGAUUUAUUGCAAUGUCCCGUGUGUUAUGAGAUUCCGUCGGGACAAAUUUUUCAAUGUAAUGAAGGACACCAUGUAUGUGGACGAUGCAAAAUGCGCCUGGAUGUGUGCCCGGUAUGCAGGGCCUUGUUUUUUGGUACACGUAAUUAUGCUAUGGAAGAACUGAUUGCCAAUGUUAGAAAACUGAGGGCAUUUAAACUUGGUGGUAAAGUCACUACAGAUACCGGCUCUGGAAAUAAAUCAUCUAAACUAAACGCAAAUGAAGUACCUGAAACUGAAAGCGUAGUUGAUGAUGCAAGCGAGCCAUCUAGUCAUUCUGCGUUGAGACCACCACAAGCUUGUAAAGGUCUUUUCCGUUGUCUCUCGUGCAAGAGUUCAAAAGGAAUAAGAUUCCCUGCAGCUCGCUUGCUCAAUCAUCUGCGUUAUUACCACUCUCCUGAACUUAUUGAGGGCAAAUCUGAAAAUGGUGAAUAUGUGCAAGCCUGGCAAUUUUCUACAGUCCCUGGAAGAAUUGUUACUGCAGUUCGAGUAGCAGACAUGGGAAUUUUCUUUUUGAUAAUUGAUAUUGGCACUGAUACAUUUAGUGCGUGGCUGUCCAUGGCUGCAUCUCCUUGGGUUGCCCAUGAAUUUUCCUAUACUAUAACUAUUUCUGGAAAUGACAGAGAGGCAAUUUUCUCUGAUUGUGUAUGGUCGGUCAGAUCGUGUGAAGGCUCUCUGAAGAAACGUGGACAUUGCCUCACAGUAAAUGGGCUCGACGCUAGAGCAUUGGUAGCACCUCCUUCGAUUUGUGGUAAACUGUCUGUGCGUCGUACGCCACCUGAUCAACUAACUACCCAAACUCAACCACGCGCUGUUCUGCGAGUAGCCAACAGAGUUAACAAUCGUGAAAAUACACACACACAUGCUCAUGAUCUGGAGCCUUUCUUACAAGACUUACAAAAUGACGUAGCUAGGCUCUCCCGAGCAUUUGCAACGCUCGGACGUGAAGCUAACGCUCUGGUACGUUCUGAAGCAGAAAUGCGAGCUAGAAUCGAAAAUAGACACUCUGGUACAAACGAACGCGCUAGCUCAUCUGAGAGGGAAAAUCCUGUAGAAAAUAAUCAGGCCGACAUCAGUACCGAACGUGCUCCACUCUCACGUAACGCGCGUAGGCGUAUGCGGCAGCGAUUGAGAGCCGCUCUAAACGCCCCGCAGCCUCCGGUGUCCGCACCUCGAGCUGUCAAUGGUAGCCUAUCGCCAGCCGACUGGCAGAAUGGUCCUACCAAUAAUGCUAAUGUCCAACGUCACGUCUUGUCUGGGUUGGGUGCAUUGCAACAGCCACCAGUGCCGCCACCAGUAGCACCGACGACCGGGGCACCGCCUCCGCCUGUAGCCCCGCAGUCGUCUAGUGGAACACCCACUCAAUCUCAAAACGGAAACGUGCGCGCCAACAAAAAAAAGCGACGUCAUCGUAGAUAAAUUAACUUUACGUUUAUUUAGUUAGGUGUCUAUUAAUGAAAUUGUAAACGCAAUAAGUUUACUGUAUUAAUGGUGUAUUUUAUCAAUUUGACUGCUCUUUGAGUCUCAUAACUUUGCUCUGGGGGCUACAUACAUUGUAGUAUAUGACUUCAUUUAGAUAUUUCGUCUUUUGACAAUUGCAAUUUUUGCGAGUGCUGUGAUAGUAUAUUGCAAGUCCAUGCAAUAUAAAUGGUUAACUACUUACUUACUUAACAUUUUCAUUGGUAUCCCCAGAGUGUUUUGUGAUUUAUAGAUACCCAUUAGGAUAAAUUGUUUUUAAGUUAAUUUCUGUUACGAAAUGCAUUUUGUGAAAUAUUUGACCAUGAUAUUUUAGGAAUAUCAAUUUGAAGUGUUUUAAUAAUAAUAAUUGACCAUGUGCUUGUUUUAAUCCUGUAUGUAAUCAUGAACUUAUUGUAGGACUAUUAUUACUAUUUAAUUAAUUACGAUAACUAUUAAUCAUUUAGACAAAAUAGUUAUAAUUAUAAUACAUAAAAAACUUACUUGUUUUUUUGUUCGUUUGAGGAUAACCACAUCCAUACUUUACACAGAAAUAACUCUGGAUCACUUGAAAUGAUAAUGGGUACUCGACAAUAAAGCACGUUUAUUAUUCGUUGUUUUCAAUAUCUUUCAUAAAAACAAAAGUCCAUCUACACCCAUCUCGCGGAUUUUUAUGCCUUUCUAUAAUUUUGUACUACUGAUUACGUAAAAAUCACCUAGACUAUUGUAAGUACCAAAAAGUAGGCUCUGAUAGUACCAAUAGUGGUAGCUAAAGUAGGUAGGUAUUCUUUAAUUUAUUUUCGCGGUACAAGACGUGCUCUGCUAUGCUGUAUAUAUUGCAAUAAAAUUGACAUUUUAUGAUAUCUACGUUACACUCUGUGCUCUUUUAUUUACAGGCUUUUAACUACUUAAUUACUUUCUUUUUGAUAAACUGUAAGAAGUUACAAUUUCGUAACGUGGUAUUUCCACAUUAUGAAUUUUACACUGUAUAUGUCAGGGAAUAUAAAAACAAAAGUUAUGCAUAAAAAUUGGUUAUGGGUUACAACAAUUACUACAUUUGCUUUACCUAUCACAUUUAUUAUUUUAUGAAAUUUAAUUAAAUAUAAUUCUUAAUGAAUUUUAAAGUGUUUUUUUCUUGAGUAAAUUAUAGGUAUAGUACUUAUAAUAAUUAAUAUGUAUUAAUAUCGUGGUUAAUAAAAUAGUCUUCAAUAUAAUAAAGAUUGAAGGUCAAUCAUGUUUGUUUAAUUACCUAUGUACAACGAAACCUUUACAAUAAAUUUCGAGGAACAUAA